AUGGCUUCUCUAGCAGAGUGGUGGCUGAACACCAGCUGUCCUGUCGCCGGCCUCCCCUCACUGCGCGCCGUUGCGAUCCUCUCAGCCUACGUCGCCUUUCUCAUAGUAGCAGGCGAGAUUCUUCCCGGAAAAGUGUUUCCUGGAACAGUUCUCGCUGACGGUACCCGCCUCCAUUACAAAUGCAACGGCUUCCGCGUUCUCCUGCUCCUCCUCGCUCUCCUCGGCUACGGCGUCCAAUCCGGACAUCUCUCCGCGACCAUCGUCGCCGAUCUAGCUGGCGAACUUUUCGCGACGACUUUCGCCUUCACAGUACUCCUCUCCCUCGCACUCUACCUCGCGGGAGUCUUUUCAACCAACGCCAAAUCUUCCUCCCUGAAACCUAAAUUCCACGGCAACUUUAUCAGCGAUUUCAUCUACGGCGUGCAGCUAAACCCGUCCGUGUUCGGGCUCGAUCUCAAGUUCUUCUGCCUGCGACCCGCGAUGAUGGGAUGGCUUCUGAUCAACCUCUCCAUCGCAGCGAAGCAGCAUGAGCUUCUGCUGAAACUCCCCGACAACUCACACGCGAUCACCCUCGCCUCGUUGAACCUCACCUCCAUUCUUCCCGCCAGCGUCGCCAGCAGCAGCAUCGCCACCCUCCCUAUUAUCACGCUUCCCAUGUUCCUGUAUCAGGUCUUCACCGCUAUUUAUGUCCUGGACUAUUUCUGGUUCGAAGAGUACAUGACGUCUACGUGGGACAUUAUUGCCGAGAAUUUCGGCUUCAUGCUGGUUUUCGGGGAUUUGAUCUGGAUCCCUUUCACCUUCUCCGUCCAGGCAUGGUGGCUGCUGGCCCACGGCACUGCUCGCGACAGUAUCGCAGCGACCGUUUCUCUGCCCUUCGCUAUUGUCACAGUCGCGGUUUUCGUUGUCGGCUACGCCGUGUUCCGUGGUGCCAACCGCCAGAAGCACAUAUUCAAGCACGACCCAACGGCUAAAAUCUGGGGUAAAACACCCCGUGUUGUUGGCGGCAGGCUGCUGGUUUCGGGUUACUGGGGCAUAGCUCGCCAUUGCAACUACUUGGGAGAUUUGAUGCUGGCUCUUUCUUACAGCCUGCCAUGUGCUUUCUACUCCCUCUGCCCGUACUUCUACCCUAUCUAUCUGCUCAUCCUUCUGCUUUGGAGAGAGCGCCGGGAUGAGGCUCGGUGCCGGGCCAAGUACACGGAGCUCGCUCGGCUGACACUGAAGUUCCGGCAGAUUCUCCUCUCGCUCUUCUCUCCGAAUCCCAACUCAUUCGCCAUUCGCCUCUCGCAUUCGUGCGCGUCUGCCGCUGUCGUUCGUUCUCCUGAAAGGAACAGUUUUGAGCCGUCUUUUGAGACGCAUCAAAAGUCGUCUGCCUCUGUCGUUCGUUCUCCUCGAACAGUUUCAAGCCCGGCAGUUUCUAGCGUGCCUCCCUCUCGCUUGUUUUUGGAACACCACCUCUCAACCGUCGCACUCCUUCUCACCCUUAUCACCCCCCUCAUUCCUCUCACUCCUCUCACCCCUCUCAUCCCUCACACCCUCCUCAUCCCUCUCACUCCUCCACCCCUCUCACUGUGCCGUGCAUUCCUCAGGUAUCCUCGAACAAACCAAGCCGUCGCAAGUCGUUCGCCGCUCGCAGCCGCCAGAAACACCGCACUCUCCCGCACGUCCCCCUCACGUGCCUCCAUUCUUGGAAAUCAAACCCCUCAAAUUGGAAAGCACCAUGUCAAGACGCGGGUGAGGGUGGCAGCGGUGGCGACAGGCGAGCAGGGGGAGGAGGGGGAUGCAGUGUGCCUGGCAGCGGCUGAUCGCCCUCCGUUCGACCUCAAUCUGGCGGUGCUGCUGGCGGGAUUCGCGUUUGAGUCGUACAACACCCCGCAGGAGGACAAGGACACUCUGUGGGAGCAGGACGUGGGGGGCUGUCGCACCAUCUUCACAUCCUACGGCUUUGCCUACGAGCUCUACUCCGGCCAACUCAUCGUGACCGUCCAAUCCGCCUCUGACGUGCCAGCCGUCGAUCUCUGGGGCACCAGCGACCCCUACGUGCAGGCAUCAGUGGGCGAGGCGUCUGCGCGCACACGCACCAUUUGGACGAGCACGGCGCCAGAGUGGAAUGAGGAGAUUCGCCUGCUGGUGAAAGCAGAUGACACCUCCACCCAGUACCUCAAGCUGUCCAUGUGGGACGAUGGAAUCGUCAUCUCGCCCCGCCGACUCGGAAAUGCUUCGAUCCGAUUGGACGAUCUCCUGGACGGCGAGACUCACGAGCAGGAGGUUGCACUGGAGGGGCCGGGAGGAGGGGCCACGCUCAAGCUAGCAGUGCGCUACCGCAGCUUUGCAGAGCUGGCAGAGGAGGAGAGGAGGAGGUGGCGCCUGCCCUCUCUCGAUGACAUCUUCUCAGGCCAGCUCCCUCUGGUCUCCGGAUUUCAAGACGUUAUCACUUCAGCCCUGCAACCUUCCUCCUCCACACCUGCUGCCGACUCCACCCCUGCUCCCACCGACGGCUCGGCUCCCGCUACCAGCCAACCGUCGCCGGCCAUUUCCACGUACGAGUUUGUCCGGUCUGCCAUCCAGCAAUUCGGAGCCCCAUCCGCCUUCCCAACGAGUCUGGAUAAGAUCCGAGACUCGGUCGUCCCAACCCAAUCCGCGCCACAAGCAGCAGCAGCAGCAGAAGCAACAGGGUCUGCUGAAAUCACUGCAGAAAAUGCUGACACUGGUAGCAGUGAGAACAGUGGCAGGGAGGAGCAGGUGAGGCAGGCAGUGGGGUUGGCGAGGGAGGUGCUACUCAGGGCAGGCUGGAUCCCGCCAGGUGGCACCCUGGACCAGCUCAGUCAGGCGGUAAUGAGUGGUACUGACAGUGGCACUGGUGCCUCUGGCAGCAGUUCAAGCAGCAGCAGCAACAGCGAAUCUGCCCCUGCUGCUGCUUCUGGUGGGUUUGAUCUGGGCUCUGCUGCAUCAGCUGCAGCAGGAGGGUUGCUGGAGGGGGCAGCAGGCGCAGUGGCGGGAAGGAUAGAGCAGCGGCGAGCGGAGCUGAGGAGAAGCCUCACAGACAUGGGCAUCACCCUGCCCUGGUACGACCAGAAGAACGGGCAAGGGGCAGACGGACAGAGCAGCAGCUCUGAUGCAGCGGCAGCAGCAGGCGAUUUUCUGGAGGGGGCUACGAGCGCGUUGGUGGGGCGGAUAGAGCAGCGGCGAGCCGAGCUGAGGAAGAGCCUUGUGGACCUCGGGAUUACCCUGCCUUGGUAUGACCAGAGCAGCGGGCAAGGGGUAGAUGGGGAAGGGACAGUCAGGCAGGCAAGCCCCGCUACAGAUGUGACUGCUUCCCAAGAGCCGUCCUCCUUCUCGUCCUCCCUGGAUGAUCUUCGCAAGGCGGCUUUCCGGCAGACUGAGGGCGUGCUGGGGUCGCUCGCCCUGCUUGGCAGCACAGCUGGCAGCCUGCCAUUGGCCGAGGGGGAGAAGAAGAGCGCAGGAGCAGCUAAGUCCGAAGGGGAAACUGGUGGGGAGGAGAGUGAGGGAGCGAGAGAAGGAGCGAGUGAGGGAGUGAGUGAAGGAGCGAGUGAGGUAGUGAGUGAGGAGGAGACAGAGGAGGCGCUGCGCAUGUUUGGGAGUGCAGAGACGGCGGUGGAGGCAUGGACCAUGCUGGCGAGCUCUCUCGGGCAGCAGACGUUUGUCAAGUCGGAGUUUGAUAAGGUCUGCUUCGUGGACCACCCACAGUCGGACACUCAAGUGGCGGUGUGGAGGGAUGUGCGGAGGAAGAGGAUUGUGGUGGCUUUCAGAGGCACAGAACAGACUAAGGCCAAGGACUUACUUACAGACAUCUCGCUCUCUCCCUCCAGCCUGGACUUCGAGCGAACCUCGUCGGGCGAUUUUGACCAGGAUGUCAUGGUGCAUGGGGGUUUCCUUGCUGCAUACGACUCUGUGCGCGCUCGCCUGCGCUCCCUCAUUGCCAUCAUCACCGACCCCAACCGCCCUACACCGCUCACCGCUCGUUCUGCUGAUGCUGAUGCUGGUGCUGAUGGGGACUCCUCAAUCCAUGCAGCUGACAGCCUAUCAGAGGGUGACACGUGGCGGGUGUACCUGACCGGUCACAGCCUGGGAGGAGCCCUGUCGACCCUCUUUGCCUACGAGCUCUCCCAGUCCAACAUGGUCAGGGAGCGCAACAUCCAUCUCACCAUGUACAACUACGGCUCCCCUCGCGUGGGCAAUGCGGCCUUCGUUGCCAGAUUCAACGUGUACAUGUGUGACAGCUGGCGCAUUGUGAAUCGAGCUGACAUUGUCCCCACAGUGCCCAAGCUAAUGGGGUACCGCCAUGUGUGCUGCCCUGUCUACCUCAGCCCAGGAGGGCCCUCAGGUGACCUUCAGUCGGAUGCAUCACAGGAGCAGCUAGGAGUGGAUGAUGGGUACGCAGCCGAGGUGGUGGGGGAGGCGAACGCCAACGACAUCCUAGAGGACUAUAUGAAGGGCGAGCGGCGGCUGAUCGACCGGCUGUUACAGACGGAAGUGGCGAUGCUGUCGGCCCUGAGGGAUGGAUCCGCCAUCAUGAUGCACAUGGAGGACUUUUAUUACAUCGCUCUGCUCAAGAAAGUGCGAGAGAGCCUGGGUGUUUCUCAGUGA